AUGGUUGAAAGGAAGCUAACUACAAGUGAUGCACUUGCAUACCUUUCGGCCGUGAAGAAUACAUUUCAGCAUAACCGUGAUAUCUAUGAUAAGUUCCUUGAGAUCAUGAAAGACUUCAAAGCUCAAAGAGUUGAUACUGGUGAUGUUAUGGUAAGAGUGAAAGAACUAUUCAGAGGAGAAGACGAGAUGCUUUUGGGUUUCAAUACAUUUUUGCCAAAGGGUUACAAGAUAACCCUUGACGAUGACCAAACCCUAGCAAAUGAUGUUGCCCGUGAUGAGGCAAUUAGUUUUAUCAACAAAGUUAAGACAAGGUUUCAGUAUGAUAGGCAUGCAUACGACACCUUUUUAGACGUUUUAAGAAAGUAUAAAAAUGAUUACAAGAGCACUUCUGAGGUCUACAAUGAGGUGACUAUCCUUUUCCAAGACCAUCAAGAUUUGCGUGUGGAAUUCGAUCACUUUCUCCCUCAUUUUAUAAGAAAAUAA